AUGCAUUCGACCUUGCCUACAAAAACCUUGUCUGCUGCCAAAGACGCAAUCAUUGUGCAUCUCCACAAGCGCAAAGGGAAUCGCCAAGUCUGCGACAAUCACCGCGCCAUCUCCCUGCUGAUCAUCGCUGGGAAGAUCUUUGCCCGCAUCCUUCUCAACCGCCUCAAUAACCAUCUGGAACAGGGCCUUCUGCCGGAAAGCCAAUGCUGCUUCCGUCGUCAUCGUGGGACCGCGGAUGUGACAUUCGCCGCCCGCCAACUUCAGGAGAAGUGUAAGGAGAUGCUAACUCAUCAGUACUCUACCUUCGUGCAUCUGCUGAAAACUUCCGACACGGUGAAUCGUGAAGGACUGUGGAAGAUAAUGCAGAAAUUCGGCUGUCCGGAGCGAUUCACUCAGAUGGUGCGUCAGCUGUACGACGGUAUGAUGGCGCGAGUCACGGACAACGGAGCUGUCUCAGAGGCAUUCACAGUGACCAACGAAAUGAAGCAGGGCUGCGUACUGGCGCCUACCCUCUUCAGUUUUAUGUUCUCUGCCAUGCUGAUGGACGCCUACCGCCUCUUAUUCAUACGACGGAAUCUGUUUCAUAAAGAAGUUAGCUGCUCACAAGGAGAUGACGUUUGUUCAUAUUUAUUGCAAAAGUUUCACUUCUGA